AUGAAAUUUGUAAUACCAGCUACCGUUUCCGAGCAUUCGACUGCGUCAUCGGACCGAUCGCACGCUUGCUCGCUCGCCCGCCGUGCUAUCGCGUUCAGUCUUCAUCGCGACCUCAACGGCAUCGGAUCGUGCUUUACGUGGAUCUCGAAGAUGAACAGCGCGGGUUGCGUCGCGUUAAACUCCCCGUCGGCCACCGCCGCUGGCCUGGGAUGCGAGAUAGGGUACGACGCCGGUGACAACGACGACAACCGAGUGACGGCAAUCACUGACCGGCCAGCAGCACCAGCAGCCGCCCCACAAUCGCCCACCGGCAUGCAGUACAAACUGUUCCUCGUCCUCGAGACGCUCCUUACCGUCGUUCUGAUUGCGAUUGAUCUAGUGAAAGUGAUCGUACUGGCGCUCGGGCCGUUGCUGUACGAGAUCUACACAAUGGCGGUCCCGCGGCGUCAGAAGGAUGUGCGCGGUCAGCUCGUACUCAUCACGGGCGGUGGCAAUGGGUUGGGCCGUGCGAUGGCUCACCUGUUGGCGGCCCGCGGUGCUCACCUAGUGCUGGUCGAUAUCGAUCUCGAGGCGGCCGAGCGCACGUGCGCCGAGCUAAGGUGCGGUGGCACCACGAAAGCCUGGGCGUACCGGGUGGACGUGUCCCGGUACGAGGAGUGCCGGGAGCUGGCGGAGCGCAUGGAGCGUGACGGUUGCGGACCGGUCGACGUACUCAUCAACAACGCGGGAAUCAUACUGUUUGCCUUCGUCGGUGAAGCGAGCGUCGAGCGGGAGAACGCGGUGAUGGAUGUGAAUCUCAAGUCGCACGUUUGGAUGACCCGCGUAUUUCUGGAUGGAAUGGUGAAGCGCAAGAAGGGUCACAUCGUCGGCGUUUCAUCAAUGUCCGGCAUGUAUGCGUUCCCUUGGGGUGUCGUUUAUUCGGCCACCAAGUUUGCCGUGUCGGGCUUUAUGGCUUCCCUCACGGAGCAGCUCCGAAUUCAGGGUUUGUCGCGAUACGUUCGAACCACGUGCGUCAAUCCGUACUACGUGACGACGCGGAAAGAGGUAGUAGAGUUUCUGCAAAAACCACGGUUCGAAGCGUUGACGGUCGAUAAGGCGGCUGAGGAAAUCGUGCAAGGAAUCCUCCGGCAGGAUUUCGUCGUUACCGUGCCCAGGCUUUUUGGCGUAUUCACUCGAUUCAUGCUGUUAUUCCCGGUGCGAGUACAGCAGCUGGUUAGAGAUUAUAUUAUGCGCGAGCAUGAGCUCAACGAUAAGAUAAACAGGUGAUCGCUGGAAAGAGUUUGCAGCGUCCACGGGAAAGAGAACGAUUAAAGUAGAUCAACCAAUUAGUAGCUUGAAGCAUACGGAAAUGGUACCUGUUUUUGUAUGGCAAGCAAUAA